AUGCCUCCAUCACCAGCAUUGAGAAUAUCUCCUAGGAGGGAGCUGAGGGUAGAGAAUCACAAGAGAGGACGUAGUCUUGAGAGUGGGAUUCUCUAUCGGGAGAAGGAUGAUGAUCUCGCGCUGUUUAAUGAGGUUCAGGACAAAGAAAGAGAGAAUUUCUUGCUUCAGUCAAAUGACUUUGAUGACAUCUCUACAAAAUUAAGGGACUUUUCGGAUUAUAAGCUCGGAAUCUCCAUUCCAACUCGGAGAGAGAGUAGUGACCUGCUCAAUGCAGAAGGAGAUAAAAAUGAUUAUGAUUGGUUAAUAACUCCUCCCGACACUCCGCUUUUCCCUUCUCUGGAUGAUGAGACACCACCAAUUAAUCUUGCACGGAGAGGCAGGCCAAGGAGCCUACCUCUUUCAAUCUCAAGAUCAUCCACGAUGGAGAAGAGUUACAGAAAUAGCAGAAGUAGUGCAAGUCCCCAUCGCCUUAGCCCAUCUCCACAGUCUGAUAAUAAUAUUUUGCAAUCAAGGGGCAGGCCAUCAUCAGCACCACAUGCAAGUCCACCUCCUACUUUGAGGCAUCCUACUUCAUCAAGGAGGCCAUCUCCCCCACCAAGUAAACCAUCAACUCCUGCUCCGAGGUCUAGUACCCCAUCUCCUAGGAGAAUGAGCACUGGUUCUGCUGCCCCAUCUAGGGUGAGAGGCACCUCACCCGUCAAGACAAGCAAAGCAUACUCUGCAUCACCUAAAAUAAGCGCAUGGCAAUCUAACAUUCCUGACUUUUCUUUGGAGGCACCUCCUAAUCUUCGUACCUCAUUGGCUGAUAGACCUGCAUCAUAUGUCAGAGGAUCCUCACCAGCAUCCAGAAUGAGCCACAGAUCUGGCAGACAAUCAAUGUCUCCGACUGCUUCUAGAAGUGUCAGUUCAUCACACAGUCGUGACCGAGAUCCAUUUAGUUCCCACAGCAAAGGUUCAGUUGCAUCAUCUGGUGACGAUGAUCUAGACUCCCCACAAUCCAUUUCCAUGAGCAGCUUAGACCGCUCAACUCCAAAGAGCAUAGGUGCUUUCCCGAAUAACAGAGCACUGGGUUUUUCUAAGAAACCAUCUAGAAUUUUGUCCUCGAGCUCGGCUCCAAAGAGAUCCUUUGACUUGGCACUUCAGCAAAUGGAUCGUCGAAAAGGUCCUCAGAAUAUGUUUAGGCCUCUAUUGUCCAGUGUCCCCAGUACAACAUUCUAUGCUGGCAAAGCAAGUACAGCUCAUCAUUCGGUGACUUCCAGAACUUCUUCAAUUACAACUAGCAAUAAUACCAGUUCUGAUCAGGUAACAGCAGGUGUACAUGAUACCAAAGGAAGUGAACAAAACCCGCAGGACGUGAUGAGUGAAUGUGUAGAUGGACAAUAUUCUGAAGCGCUAGACAAAAUAUUUGAAUUGGAUCAUUCUGAUGCUUUAAAUGAAGAUGUUGAGUAUAACACCCUUGAGAAAUCACGUAGCAAUCAGGAUGAUAAAUUUGACGGCCACUCUGUAGUAGUUGCCACUGGAAGUUGCGGCCAAAAUGACACUGCUACAGGUAUCACUGCAACUUCUGCAGUUCCGGAGACGAGAGGUGAUCUUUCAGACACUGACAGCCUUGAAGAUCCUAUGGUUUGCUCUAAGUGCGGUUGCACAUUCCAUUCUGCUGAAUUAGUAAUGGAGGGGGACCUGCAACUUUGUAUGGCUUGCAGAAAUUUGGAAGUAACCUCAACUAUAACUACUACACCGGUAUCAAUGACAAUUAGAGAGAAUACUUCAGGAGAUUUUGUGCAGAUUCUAGAACAUGGGCCACCUGAAGCUGACUGCUCCACUGCAAAAUCAAAAUCUUGGCAAGUAACUAGUACUGGUAAAGCAGGGACCAAACAACUCAAUCGUUCAUAUAGUGAGCCAAACCAGAAUUUCACCCCUGCAAGCUCUCUUUCACCACUAAUGGUGGAUAAAGGUGAGCUAACUAUCACCAACCGACGAGUGAACUAUCAAUCUAUUGAUGACAACUUUGGUCAUCUGCAUGUUGGUGGCUAUUCAAGUUCAAAGGUUGAUGUUUCAGAAGGUGCAGGUACAUCUCUGCUACUGAAGGGAUCUAGUAGAAGCCAAGGACAUGUUCAAAGUAGGAGUUUCACAACAAGUAACAUCAGUUAUGACGAUUUCUCCUGUGUCGGGGACAGUGUAAACAGCAUGAGAAGCUCCAUUGGGCAUGGCAGUGUGUCAAUGACAUCUUCUGUUGACUUAGGGCCUUUGAGGCAAAUAGAGACCCGUGUGCAACGGCAAGUAAAUGACAGGAAAUCUGAUCUAGAAAAUUACAGGUUUGAGAUUCUAACAAAGCACAAGCGCACUCUCUCGUCGUUGUCUGGUGCUUCAAGUCAUGGUUUUCAGGUCCUAAGUGUGGCAACAAGCUCUCAUGAUGAUAGUUUUGAAAUAAUUGCUUCCAAUGACGAAAAAGAUGCCAGGGAGGCUGCAUGCACACAUCUUCGAGAACAAUCAUUGACUUCAGAAUGUACAGAAGCAGGCAAUACAUGCACCGACAUUGAAAGUAAUAACAAUUUUAGAACUGCCUCAGAAAUGUCAGGCAAUGUGAUGAACAUUCACAUAGCAGAUACUUCAGUGGUGUCAGUUUUGAGUUUUGAAGAACCAGCAUCACACGAGAAUGGUGAGUGCUUGACAAACCAUUCAAGUAACUCCAUGACUAUAAAAGCAUCAUCAACACUUCCCCAGAAUUGUACACUAGGGGAAGAUGCCACACCAAAUUCAUGUGACUGGGUGGUUGUUGCAGAGGUGCCUAAUCUGAGCUCUUUGGAUUCUAUAUCCGAAAUGGAAAUCGAAAAUGGCGAUAUCUUUUCUUCUGAUUCACAAUCAGACAUUGAUUCCGUCAAUUCAAAGAGUGGCAUGAAUGAUUCAAUGCAGCCUUCUGUAUCAAAAGAACCCAAUGAUGAUACGAUAACAUCUGUUGAAGAACCUGACACCUCAGAUCCUGGACAGAGCACCCUCAAAGAAUCAACUGUUGUACCAAAGGACCAGGGACUACUCAAAACUAGAAGCCUAACUCUGGAAGAAGCAACAGAUGCGAUACUCUUCUGCAGUUCUAUUGUUCACAAUCUGGCAUAUGAGGCUGCAAAUAUAUCGAUAGAGAAAGAGAACUCAACCAUGGAAGGCUUGCGACCUACAGUAAUGUUGGUUGGAAAAUCCAAUCCCGAUAGAACAGAUGUGCGCACAAGAACCAUGGGAAAACGUACUCCUAAGUCCCAAAAAGGUCGACAAAAGAAGCUGGAAACAGAUACAAAACUGCCUCACACUAAUGCUGAAAAAGAAGAAAAAACAGAUGUAUCUACUACACGUGUUGUUGGGGCUCCUAAGAACGCUGACAGCGUAAAGCCUCUGAAGCUGGAGUCGAAGUGCAAUUGCACUAUCAUGCUGAUAAAGGCCAUUGGAGGUUUACGGACCUUUCCACUUGCCAUUCUUAACAGAAUUGGUGUUUGUUCCUAUUCUUGA